AUGGCCGACGCCCAGCCGCGCCGGCCCAAGGCGACGUUCGUGCAGCUGCUGCGCGAUGCGCUCGCGACCGUCGGCAUCGAGUACCUCACGCCCGAGGACAUUCGGCGGGCCAAGACGAGCAGCGUGAGCGCGACCGAGUUUGACGACAGCCACGCGCUCCUGUGCAUUCCUUUCUGGCGUGCGCUGCACGACCUCUGCCUCGUGAUUCUCGCUGAUUUUAACGUGGACGCCAUGGCGGUCGCAGCGCAGUCCCGCGCGCUCUUUGACGAGCCCGACGGGUUUGACGUCUGCGUCGAGGUCGCGCGCUACCAUCUCUACGAGUGGGGCUUUCUCUGCCACGAAUUCUACACGACGCAGAGUCCAUUGACACUGCCGGGCCCAAUUCUUCUGGCAGCGCUCGUCUUCCUCUUUGGCCAAAGUCACUUGUUUUCGCGCCAAGCGACGGCGAUCGUGCGGCGACAGCUCGGACAGAGCCAUGUCCACUUGCCUCCGUACCCCGACGCACCGCCAUUGAUUGCAUCGCACGUUCAAGAUACGUUUGCGAUGGCCGCGCGGCGCACCUCGCACAUUCGGGCCCCGUGCUCGGAGUGGCAUGCGCUGCAGAAAGCGCACAAGACGCUUCUCACUCGGAUUCGAACGUCGCAGCUCGCACAACUGGGCACCAGCAAAGUGUUGAUGGACGACGAAGGCAUCGCGGCGAGUGUGCUCAGUCCAUACGAGCUCUGGCUUCUGCAGCACCCAGAGGAGCUGAGGCUGCACCGCGCCGCGCUCGACCAACGACUACAAAAUUAUGCGGAUGAAAAGCAAUUUUACCAGUGGGCGAUCGCUGCCGUGACCCAAGGACUCAAGGUGCUUCCACCAGUCGGUGAGCGUGAAGAGCCUCCCCCGCCACAGGCGUUCGAGGCCGUCGUGGCGUCGGCCACUGCGACCAAUGCUGCGUGGAAAGCGCGCCUACCAUUGUACAAGACCGUGUGCUUGCACUGGAAGAGCGGCAUCUCGGCCAAGGAGAAAGCCAAAUUCAAAACCAAGAUCGAGGCCGCGACUGCUAAAAUGACGGACGAGCUGCCAGUGGUGGGCCUCCUCUUCACGCCUAUCAAGCCCAAACCAAUCCAAGCAGCGUGCGCUCUUCAGUUUGCCUUCACCCCUAUGCGCUGCAAGCUCAUGUCCUUGCCACUGCCGAUCGAUUGA